AUGGGUCCACUAGCGCCAAACCUUCUCAGGAAGGAGCUCUCCGACCACUUCUCCUCCCGCUCUCAAGAACAAGAUUCUCACCCUCGACCACCACACCACCACCUCCCUCCAUCUCCUCCAACGCCGCGAACCACCAUCGACGACAGCUUCCAGAUCGUGCUUCGCAACCUCGACCACCGCCGCGACGCCGCUUUCUCCUCCCUCACCGAGGAUUCUCACGAUUCCCCUGUCGACGGUGAGGCACUUGCUAUCAACAUGGAAUCCCGCAAGAGGCGUAAAUCCAAUAAGGGUCAAGACAUGAUAAGUAACCUCCCUGACUUCAUUAUUGGUCGCAUUCUUUCUUUGCUUCCUACAAAAGAUGCAGUCCGUACAAGUGUUUUAUCCAAGAAUUGGACAUACAAAUGGACAUUCAUCACUGAUCUACACUUUGAAGAUAAAGGGCGCUAUUCUAACAGGAUAGUAAGGAGAAGUUUAUUUUUGAGCUUUGUGCACAGAGUACUACUUUAUCUGAAUAGCUCAAGCAUCCAGAGUUUCUCACUUACUAUAUCAGAGAAGUAUGAACCUUGCCAUGUGGAUCAUUGGAUAUCUGCUGUUGUAAGCCGGAGAGUCAAAAAGCUUUGCAUCUAUUCAAAGAAGGAACAAGCCUUUUCCUCUCAUUCCCUUAUGAAAUACAAGUCCUUAGAGGAACUGGUGCUAAAUGUGUAUCAUUGUGAGAUUGGUUUUCCCACAUUUGCUCUUUUCUCAUCCCUUACAGUCCUGAAUUUGUCUGGAAUCCAGUUUAGUGAUAUCUCUUCUAACAAAUCUGGAAAGGUUCACCUUAAUUUCCCAGUUCUGAGAACCUAUAAGACAAAUAAUUGUUCAUGGUCAUCAAGUCUAAACACAUAUUGCUUCUGCUGA